AUGAACGACUGGAACCGCCGGUACGAGCUCCCCACUCGCCCUCGGCGCCAGUACGACUAUGUCCAAAACGCGGAAGUGGACGAGCUGAUGCGCCAGGAGCAAGAAUUGCUGCAGAGCAACGAGCACGAAUGUCUCUACAACGACUGGCGCAACAAGUCCAAAGACAUGAACGAGCGCUUCGGCUACAAAGAGCUCGAGAACCUCGAAUACGAGCAGCUCACUAGAAUCAAGCGCGCGGCGAUGAAAAAACGAAAAAGCGCUUUGAAAUCGCUCUUGGAGUCGGAAAACGCGAAAUACACCGAGGAACUAGACCAAAUGCGAUUGACAAAGCUGGUUUCGGAAGAAUUCGUUCUCAAGACCGUCUUCCCGCCAAAACGAAACAACAAAUUCUCUUUUUAA